AUGGAUCCAUCGCUCGUGGGCCGCGGAGGGGGAGGCUCCUUCGCCGCGCUGCCGGUGCUGCAGCGGCUGGGGCUGCACCUGCACGCCCAGCCCCUCCUCUUCGUGCGGCUGCGCCGCCUCUCCAAGGAGAACACGAAGCAGUACGGCCGCUACUUGGGCAAGAUCACGCACUGCCACCCGUCGGCGCGCGCCACCACCGCCGACGAAACCAAGCGGAUGAUGCGCGGCCUCUCCAAGGAGAACACCAAGCAGCUGCGCCGCCUCUCCAAGGAGAACACCAAGCAGUACGGCCGCUACUUGGGCAAGAUCACGCACUGCCACCCGUCGGUCGAGAUGAUGAAGUACCUGACGCCGCUCUCCUUCGACUGCCUCACCUACUCCCUCCUCUCGCACCUCGCCUCGCCCGCAAAGACGCGCCUCAAGGAGGACGGGCUCAACGUCGGGCUGCUGCAGUACAUCACAAACACGCUCAAGUCGGGGCAGUCGUUGCAGCUGCUCGUGCUGCGCGACCUCGCGGGCAUCGACAUGCUCGACGACCUGUCCGAGACCGCGGGCAUCGACAUGCUCGACGACCUGUCCGAGACCGCGGGCAUCGACAUGCUCGACGACCUGUCCGCCGAGCAGCUGCAGGCGAUCUCGCGCAAUCUCGGGUCCAUCUCGCGCAAUCUCGAAUCCAUCUCGGACAGUGCCGGCGGGCGGCGAGACGCUGCGCGCGAGACGCUGCAGCGGCACGGCCUCGUCGCGCCCCUCUUCCUCCUCAUCGCGCAGCAGCGCUCCGCCACGGCCCUCUUCCCUCCCGCCCUCGCCACUCCAAUCAGCCUGACGCUAGCCCUAGUCUUCCUCACAGACUCGCCGCAGCUCAAGCUGGAGACGCUCGAGCAGUUCCAGUCCUUCUGCGGCGCCAACUUCUCCGCCGACGAGCGCGAACUUCUCCGCCGACGAGCGCUGCCCACUGUCGGCGAGCUCUGCGCCGCGUACAAUGUCGAGCCGGAGGGCAAGGAGGCGCCGGCAGAGAAGGCGGCCGCGGACAAGGCGAGGGCGGCGGAGACGCUGGCGGCGCUCGAGGCGAGCCAGGGCUUGCGGACCGUCCUUCCCGAGGGCUGCUGGGACCUGCUCUCGCCGCAGCUGUACGGCACUUUCUGGCGGCUGUCGCUCUACGACAUCCUCUCACUCAAGCUGUUGGGCCACUGGAAGUCGGGCGAGGAGGUCUACCGCAACGAGUGCGCCAAGCUGCCCGGCUUCUCGACCUCCUUCAUCAACCAGCAGGCCAACGCCAAGAAGGCGUCCUACGAGGACUUCGUCAAGGCGGUGGUCUUCAAGUGGUACUGCAAGGUCCUCAAAGCGCUGAUGGCGUGCCUCGACUCCAAGGAGUACAUGGAGGUGGACGUGCUGCGGAGCGAGGAGCGCAAGGACCUGCAGAUCCAGGCGUCGCAGUACUACUCGAUGCUCCAAAAGGCAAAGCCCAAGCUGCUCACGCAAGACCAGUUCUGCUGCGGCGCGCGCGAGCGCGAGGCGAGGGAGCGCGAGCAGCGCGAGCGGCAGCGGCAGACGGCGGACGCCAAGAGCCGCGAGCAGCAAAAGGAGAAGGAGCUGCGCGAAAAGGCGCCCCCCUCCCCCUUUACCCCUUUUGCCCUCGCGCACUAA